GUACUGUUGAUGGCGUGACCACGGCAGAAUUGAUUUCGGGUCAUUCUUGCAGAACGUCCCAACUUGCCCCGGCUCAGAGCGAUUGCCAGCAGACGGAUCCGGUGCCAAGAUGGGCAUGGGCCGAGGAGAGCCGAGCUCGCACUCCUCGAGCUGCAGGCUGUGAACCUCUGGAGUGGGAGGAGAUCCUUGAGGAAGGACAUCAGCGCAUGCCCACACAGGAGUCAAUCCGUGUAGCUGCGCGCUUUAGGCCACUGAGCCUGCUCGAAAG